AAGAAGUUAAAAGUUCAACAGUCAGAUCUGUCACUUUUCCUUUGUAAUUUCAGCCUUUGUUUCAUGCUUAGUUUGAGAUUAAAAGCAAUUCAUUUGUAUUUUCUCCUUGCCCUUUUAAGACUUACAGACAUUUAAAUCUUUUAAUCCUGUUCAAAUUUAGUGUCUGGGAAACACUUUAGAAGGAUGAAUAGGUAAUAUUAUGUUAGUCCUGGAGUCAGAUUGCUGGGUUCAAAUUUAGCCUCACCACAUACUACAUAUUUCAGCAAAUCACUUAAACUCUUUAAGUCUUAGUUUUCUUGUUUAUAAAAUGGAGAUAACAGUAACAUUUACCAUACGGUUGAUGUAAGAAUUAACAGUUAUAAAUCACAGGAAGUACUUAGCACAGUGUCAUUAGCUAUUAUUAUAGCAGCAAGAGAAUGCUCUCCCAGGCAAAAGCUAUUUUUUAAUAGCUUUAUACAUUUAUAAAAUGUAUAAAGGUGCAAAUGUAUGAAAUCUGCAUAUUCAGGAAACUAGAUGGGGUGUAGUAAAAUGAGGUGUAACAUUCAAGGGGCAGAGUUGACAGAUGCGAGGGGUGAUGGGUCUUGAAUGAGUUGCUCAGGAACUUGCUCUUGAUAUUAUCAGAGAUAGGGAGCCAAUGAAAGCUUUUAAGCAAGCAAGAAACCCUCCAGAUGUGUGGUAGCAAAGUGGAAAAUGGACUAGAUUCCACCAGGUGCAGUGGCUCACGCCUGGAAUCCUAGCACUUUGGGAGGCUGAGAUGGGCGGAUCCCCUGAGGUCAGGAGUUCGAGACCAGCCCGGCCAACAUGGUGAAACCUCGUCUCUACAAAAAAUACAAAAUUAGCUGGGCAUAGUGGCAGGCACCUGUAAUCCCAGUUACCAGGGAGGCUGAGGUGGGAGAAUCGCUUGAACCAAGGAGACAGAGGUUGCAGUGGGCCAAGAUCAUGCCACUGCACUCCAGCCUGGGCGACACAGUGAGAUUCUAUCUCAAAAAAAAAGAAAAAAAAAGGAAAACAAAAAUGGACUAGAUUCAAAUCCCUUGCUCCACCCUGUCUUUCCCAAAUUUAAAUUCCUGCUUCCUAGAGGCAAAUUCUUUCACCUUCUAUGUCUCUAGUAUUUAUCUCCUUACUUUUAAGAAUCAUCUUUAAAUUGUUUCUUGAUUUUGCCAUCACGGAUAUGAUUAUGAGGCUAAUUAAACAGUAACCCUAACCGCUCUGAGAAUCGACCUAAGAAAUGAAUGUGAGAAAGAAAGUAGAAGCAGCCCACUUGCCAGUGAGUGAAAGCCAGGGAAGGGUGGGGAGAUGCGGGGAGAAAUUGUCUCAAAUUGGUAGACCCCAGGAGCAGGCUGGGAGCAGUACCAUGAAUUCCAUUCAAGAAGCCGAACGUUUUAAGCACCAUUUCCUGGAGUUUGCCAAGUUGAGUAUUGCCCCAGCCUCCUGUUUUGGUGGUUCCUCACUGCCGAAGAAGACCAAGUGUUGACAACUCAGUGAGGCAGUCUCAGCUGGUGUGGAAAAAUGUAGCUAAGAAAACGUGCCAGACAAAGCUUUAAGCAGAGCUUCCCAACCCUUCUCAGCCCUCCAGCUGCAAGGGCCCAUUCGCCUUCUGCAGGAGCAGCCUCUUCUGUUUACCCCCAUUUUGAGCCUUGUAAUAUCAUCCUUUCCUACCUGUGCCAAGAAGUGAAAAGGUGUGUGAAGCGCCGCUUUAGAAGGCCCAGUGCAUUCACAAACAUCAGCUUCUGGGCGAGGCUGCUUGGCCUCUUCUAUUCAAAAGCUUUGUGUUGCCCUUUUAAGGUUUCUAUUCCCCCACCCCCACCCCGUCCACCAACACCCAUUCCUACCUAGGGUUCAAAACCCAAACCAUCCUUAAGGUACACUAAGUAUCACAGCACCAAAGGCUGGAGAGAGAUGAGUUCCCCACCCUUGAUGCGCUUCCUGUCCAGGUGGCCCGAGGCCCACUCCUUAAGAGGCAAGGCCCAGAGACACUGCUGUGGCUUGAGGAACAUCCAGUACACCUGACAUUUCCAUUACAACAGUGGGACCCGGAUACCACUGGCAGGAAGUCCAUCUUCACAGCUGCCAACCCAUCUGUCAAACCCGCAGUCCCCUCUGAGAGUACAGAUGAAUGGAGGAGGAUUUAAAAGUGAAUUCGUGGGCGGCGACAAGGAAACAGCAGCCGUGGCCAAGCUGACCCCAGAGCCCUUCGUUUCCUGGCCCUCCCUCUGAAUCAUCGCGCUCCACUUGUGACGUCGCGGACGCCCGGCUCGGGCAGGCGUGGGGGGCCCGCGCGUCCCGGGAGUCCCGAGGCGGCAGCGCGCGUUUCCACGCCGCGGUCCCGCGGGAAAGCCGGGGGCGGCGGCCUGGCUGAGGCCGAGCUCGGAUCCGGUGCCGAGCCGAGCGGGGCCGCGCGUCGCCCGGGCUUCGCCUUCGCUCGCGUGACCUCCGCCGUCCUCUCCAGCCCUCGUCCUAUGGCCGCGCCUGCGGCCGCACGCCUAGCGCCCCUCGCCUAACCUCGCGCCCGGGCCGCGCCUCCUCCUCCUCCUGCUCCCCGCCGCUUCCGUUUCUCGAGGGAAAGGCUGCUGCCUCCUGCUCUGUCCGCAUCCCCGGCUUAGGUAACACGUUUUCCUCCUUACGCCACCCACCACCGGGUCCCCGCGCCGCUGCCCCUCCUCCUUGGAUCUGGGGCCCGGGCUGGUGAGCGGCGCGCGCCGUCGCCUCUCCGCGGGUAGUCCUUCAGAGCUUACAUCUUGUGGCCGAGUUUAUAUACCUGAUUGGCAAAACAGAGCCUAAGAACCAGCUCUCCUGUAUCCUAAGCAAGGCUCUUUCUACCGCACACCCUGCAGGCCGAUCCAGGCCCAUCCAGACAAUAAACACUGACGGCCCAGAGGGUGGGUGCCAAUUCCACCAGCAGCUGCAACUGAAAAGCAAGGUUCAGCAAUGUCAGAUAUCCUCCGGGAGCUGCUCUGUGUCUCUGAGAAGGCUGCUAAUAUUGCCCGGGCGUGCAGGCAGCAGGAAGCCCUCUUCCAGCUGCUGAUCGAAGAAAAGAAAGAGGGAGAAAAGAACAAGAAGUUUGCAGUUGACUUCAAGACGCUGGCUGAUGUACUGGUACAGGAAGUUAUAAAACAGAAUAUGGAGAACAAGUUUCCAGGCUUGGAAAAAAAUAUUUUUGGAGAAGAAUCCAAUGAGUUUACUAAUGACUUGGGGGAAAAGAUGACCAUGAGGUUGUGUUCAACAGAGGAAGAAACAGCAGAGCUUCUUAGCAAAGUCCUCAAUGGUAACAAGGUGGCAUCUGAAGCACUAGCCAGGGUUGUUCAUCAGGAUGUUGCCUUUACUGACCCGACUCUGGAUUCCACAGAGAUCAGUGUUCCACAGGACAUUUUGGGAAUUUGGGUGGACCCCAUAGAUUCAACUUAUCAGUAUAUAAAAGGUUCUGCUGACAUUAAAUCCAACCAGGGAAUCUUCCCCUGUGGACUUCAGUGUGUCACCAUUUUAAUUGGUGUCUAUGACAUACAGACAGGGGUUCCCCUGAUGGGAGUCAUCAAUCAACCUUUUGUGUCACGAGACCCAAACACCCUCAGGUGGAAAGGACAGUGCUAUUGGGGCCUUUCUUACAUGGGGACCAACAUGCAUUCACUUCAGGUCACCAUCUCUAGAAGAAACGGCAGUGAAACACACACUGGAAACACCUGCUCUGAGGCAGCAUUCUCCCCCAGUUUUUCAGCCGUCAUUAGUACAAGUGAAAAGGAGACUAUCAAAGCUGCAUUGUCACGUGUGUGUGGAGAUCGCAUAUUCGGGGCAGCUGGGGCUGGUUAUAAGAGCCUAUGUGUUGUCCAAGGCCUCGUUGACAUUUACAUCUUUUCAGAAGAUACCACAUUCAAGUGGGACUCUUGUGCUGCUCAUGCCAUACUGCGGGCCAUGGGUGGGGGAAUAGUAGACUUGAAAGAAUGCUUAGAAAGAAAUCCAGAAACAGGGCUUGAUUUGCCACAGUUGCUGUACCACGUGGAAAAUGAGGGUGCUGCUGGGGUGGAUCGGUGGGCCAACAAGGGAGGACUCAUUGCAUACAGAUCCAGGAAGCGGCUGGAGACGUUCCUGAGCCUCCUGGUCCAAAACCUGGCACCUGCAGAGACGCAGACAUAGAGGAACUCUAACCCCCGGGUACCUGUAUAAACUGAACUGUGAAACUGUUUCUGAUUAUCUCUAUCUUUUGAGGAUGGCUUUGUCCUGUUGCUGGUUAACAUUCACCUUCCUCUUUUGAGGAGUAUUUUUCCAUUAUGUAUUCAUAAUAAUGUUAAUUUCAAUAAAUGACAUUCAUGCAGCAA